AUGUAACCGCAAAGUGUAGAUGAUUGUCUUCUUUAACAGGUAAAUCUAAAGGCUUAAAUAAAGUUGAGACGCAUUUUCAGUUUUCCAGUCUUAAUCAGAAACCAUUUUCUAUUGAAAAAAUUUGAUUCCACCACAGGGUUUAUUCGUCUUUCUUGCUUGGCGAAAGAGAAUAGCUUUCGAUAGUUGUUAGAAUAUCCCAAUGGAAUGCAGAAUUUAAUGAAUAUAUUAUUUCAAUUUAACUACACCAAUUGGUUUUAUGAUCAAAACUUCAAUGCAGUAUUGCCGAUCUUUUCAAAGGAGAGGAAAUAAGUUCAAAUCCUGAUCAAGAAGAAUCAGGUGGAAGAAUUUAAGAAGUUUUUACAAGAAUUGGAAGUUAAACAAGAAUGGGAACCAAGGGAGGCAGAAUACGUACCCAAUAAAGAUAUGAUUAAAUUAUUCAUUGUCUUCGAAACCAAGGAAGAUGCCCAAAUUGGCUUUGGCAAAAUUCAACAGUCUAAAUCAAUUUAUGGCAUACAAAAUGCAAAAAUGGAAGAAGUAGAUUACUUUUCUAAAUUCUUGAGCAUAGUUGCAACUAAACAACAAUAAUUCCAAGAAUAGAGAAUCAACAACAUGAGAAACUAUGAAGAUAGAAACUAUGAUGAGACUUCGAAUUAAUUUUAAAAUUAUUCUUAAUAAUAAUAACCUCAAUAAUAAAUUCCUUAAUAAUAAUAAUCUUAAUAAGUUUAAGAAGUUUAAUAAGUUUAGUAAUAAUCCUAAUAGCAACCUCAAUAGUCAUAUUAACAAGAACAAUAAUUCUACGAUUAUUCAUCAUCAGACAUUGUUAGCCAAAGACUAAAUUAAAUAAGAACCAAAGAUAAAGUCGAAUUAAACUUUGCCCCAUUACAAGAACAACAAUUCUAAUUUUCAUUUGCUCCCAUCUUCUAUCCCCAAUAAGAUGUCCAAUAGCAAGAGGUCCCUAUUAAUCCAUAACAAUAACCUUAACCAGAACUAUAACCAUAACAAGAGCAAAUAUAAGUAGAACAGCCACAAGAGUAACCCAGUGCAGGAUAGCCUAUUGAAUAAACAGAUUAGAAGUAGCCAAGGGAGACUGAAUCCAACAAAGAGAACUCUGUUGAGAAGAACCACGGGAGAAAGUAUGAUGAAGGAAGAACUGAAAAUUAUCAGAAACCCUAUUAUCAAAAUAGAUAUCAAGUACUAAUGAAUAUUAGCAUGUAGCAAAAGAGAAGACCAAAUAACGAAUCAUAUUAGCAUUCCAAUAAAUACUAUGACAAUUCCUAUACCAGGAAACCAUAACAACAUUACAGUAACAUUGAAUUACUAAUUAGUUCAGAUAGAUUGGAAAAUGAUUUGAGAGAGUUUACAGGAUAUAAAAAGUAUUCAUAGAGACCUCAGAAGGAGUAUUAUGAACCAAAGAGAGAAUCUUGAAUUCUCUAACAUUUUUGUUUAAUUAUUAAAUUUUAUCUCUACA